AUGGAUGAUACUGGCAAUUCAUCUCCCAUCUGUAUUGCAGAUUCUCCACCUCAAUCACAAGUGAAACAAACUUUUACAGCGGCAUCAAUUGAACUGAUGUUAAAACGGAAAGACGACAAAAAUGAAUUCACAGUGAUGGUAAAUAAUCUGAAAAAAUCUUCUACAGCGUGGUCAAAUUUCGGAUUUCCGGCUCGACUGGAUGCAGGUGGUAUAUAUCAACGAAUAGAUGGCUUUACUAGUUGUUUUCAAUGUAAAACAACGUAUACAUUUCAAUCUGAUGGUACUGGUAGUACGAAACACUUGUUACGACAUAUUUGUUCGAAAGUGCAAACAUCAGAAGGGCCUUUAGAGAAAUUAUUUAAGCUAAAAAAGAAGGCUGUAGUUAUGUUAAAUUCAACUGAUUCAACAACUAUGAAAGAUGAAUUAACAAAGUGGGUUUGCAGAUCUGUUCGUCCGUUCAAUAUAGUGUCAGAUGCUGGCUUAAAAGAUGUUUUACAAACAGUUUUGGAUCUUGGUAAAAAGUAUCAGGAUCUCAACAGUACUGAUCUUUUAGUAACACCAACGACAAUUGGGAAAAACGUUCAUCAAUUAGCUGAGCGAUAUCGUUCAUUGCUACAGCCAUUAUUAACAGAACAGGCUGAAAAUAAUUGUUUGUGCUUAUGUCCGGAUCUUUGGAAUGAUGAAUAUCGCAAAGUUAAUUAUCUUGGUUUAACAGCUGUGUUUACGAAUAAAAAUUAUGAAUUGAUUUCAAUAGACCUGUGCUGUUGCGAGUAUCAAGAGAUAGAUAAAAGUGGGGAUUCUGUUUUACGAGCUAUUCGUCGUCAAUUGGAUUUGUACGGUUUGACACCAUUCAUGGAUAAAAAAAAAUCGUAUUUACUUCUGAUCGUGGUCCUAAUAUUCUCAAGGCCCUGA